AUGGAGGACGAUAACAAUCAUCUCGAUUACAUCCCACUUGUCUCUUUCAAUGGGACCAAACCAUUCGGUGGUGAUUCGGUCUCUCAGAACCUGAAUAUUUGGUACGAGGUAAGAUCCGACCUGUUUGUUCACAUGUAACCUCUUUUUACGGCUACUUGCCUUGCAAUUAAAUGGUUACAUGUUUCUAACCGGUACUGCUAGAGCGGCAAUUAUGCCUGGGUCAUGAUCUCGACUGCGCUUGUUCUCCUGAUGAUCCCCGGUGUCGGAUUCUUCUAUUCGGGGCUCGCGAGAAGAAAAUCGGCCCUUUCUCUCAUUUGGUUGUCGAUGAUGGCAACCGCUGUAGUUAGCUUUCAGGUUCGUUCAAGUUUUUAUGCCCGGGCUUUGGUUUGAUUUUGGUAUGGGAAACGAUCUGACUUGGGUUGGGGCUUUAGUGGUUUUUUUGGGGUUACAGUCUGGCCUUCUCGCAUACCGGUGGUAAAUUUAUUGGGAAUCUUGACAACUUUGGUUUCAGGGGGCUUCUUGGUCACCCUUCUGUCGCGAGUGACAAAAUUCCGGAUCUGUUGUUUGCUGUUUAUCAGGGAAUGUUCUCCGCCAUCACGUAUGUACUUUUCCCGCCGAGCUGUUGUGUGUGCGUGUUUAUUGUGGGAAUUUGCUGUUUUCUGAUUUGGGGAUCGCUUUAGUGUUGCUCUAGCUAUUGGUGCCGCUGCGGAGAGAGGACGUAUGUUGCCUUGUGUGGUUUUCAUGUUUGUAUGGGCUACUUUGAUUUACGACCCUAUCGCAUGCUGGACGUGGAAUCCUUCGGGAUGGUCGGUGAAGAUGGGUGGGUUGGAUUUUGCCGGUGGAACACCGGUUCAUAUUUCAUCCGGAUCCGCUGCCUUGGCCUACUCUUUGAUGCUGGGAAAGCGACGAGGCCAUGGAACUCACGAAUUAAACUACCGCCCGCACAACGUCACUCAUAUCGUUCUCGGGACAGUUUUCCUGUGGGUUGGAUGGUUUGGAUUUAACGGGGGAUCCGCUCUUGCUGCCAACUUGAGAGCCGUUAUGGCUUGCGUUGUCACUAACUUGGCGGCAUCUGUUGGAGGAAUUACUUGGUGUCUUCUCGAUUACCGAUUGGAGCAAAAGUGGUCAACUGUGGGAUUCUGUUCGGGAGUCAUUGCUGGGCUGGUUUCUAUUACCCCCGGAUCAGGAUUUGUGAGUCUUUUUUUUUUUUUUGUUGAAGAGUGUCGUGUGGGUUAUGCUGAUUAUUCACAGGUUCCCCCAUGGGCUGCUGUUAUUUACGGCGUUGUCGGUGGAGCCGCAUGCAACUAUGCUACGAAGCUCAAGUUUGUUAUUGGUGUCGAUGAUGCUUUGGAUAUCUUCGCUGAGCACGGUGUCGGGGGUAUUGUCGGAAAUAUUCUGACGGCCUUCUUCGCGGCGUACGUUUUGAAACUUUUUUUUCUUCCAAAACCUUAUCAGGCUGGCGCUAACAUAUCUCAUGCAGUGAUUACAUUGCAAAUCUUGACGGUUCAUAUCUUGACGAUCCCUCCUCGAUUCCCAGAGGUUGGGUAAACGGCCAUUACGAGCAACUUGGAUAUCAGGUUGCGGACUCUGUUGCGGGUUUCGUUUACUCUUUCGGGGGCACUUGCAUCAUCCUCUUUAUCAUGAAUCUUAUUCCUGGGCUGAGCCUCCGUGCUACUGAGGAGGCCGAGGUUCUUGGUAUUGAUGAUGCUGAACUUGGGGAAUUCGCGGUAUGUGUUCCCGCUUCCAUCCUGAAUGUUUCCAGAACUAAUGGAUCUAUAGUAUGACUAUGUUGAGCUUACCCGCGAGGUUAUCUCUGAGGACGAUACUGUACCAAAGAUGUCAUCGGAUAACGGUCCGAGUGUACAACGGCCUAAUAUCUCUGAGAAGGCCAGAUGAAGCCUUGUUGUAACCUCUUUUCGUUUGUCCGUGGCUUCUUUCUUGGGUUUCUUUUUCUUGUUUCUUUCCCGUUGCUUUUGGCGAGCUGUGAUUCCUGGACUUCAACUACUCGUACCUGUCAAGGAAAGGGGGGGGGGGGGGGUUGGCACCGAAAGUAGGAAUGGGAGUUUAGUCAGUCCCGGUGAUCAGCCCUCCCCAUAUUCCCUAUUCCCUAAUUACUUGUUUAGGGGGGCUGUUUUGUUCCUUCCGGUAGGGGUGUGAUUUGGGUUAAUGAUGGGCCCCAAUACGCUCUUGUUUCUCUCUCUUUUCUCUCUGGGUGCGGUUGUUAUGUCUGCUUUUGUUCAUAUGAUUUUUUAAAAAAUUUCACAGCUUUUGUUUGGUCA